UGACUAGUGAGAGGGGGGUGUGUGUGUGUGUGAGAGAGAGAGAGAGAGAGGCAUGGCGUGGAACGCCGCUAAAGCGGCGGCAGCCAAGGUGGGAACGAUGGCGGCGGGGCGCGGAGCAGCAGUCGCAGAUGGCGGUGGUGGGUUGUCGUACCCGUGGAGGGAGAAGCUGUGCAAGUACAAGGACGAGCUGGCCAAGGGAGUAUGGGGUUACUGGCAUCUCGGCGCAUGGAAGCCGCUUGCCAUCAGCGGCCGUCGCCGUGCUCGUCUAAGGAAGGAGGUCUUGCUUGCAGGAGAGGAUUGGCCGUACGAUCCACCGAGGAAAGAGAUGAGGAGCAAGAGGAAGGGUCACAAAUGCGACAGAGUGUCUGCAGAGAAGAGAGCAAAUACUGCUGAGCUGAUGAGGAAGAUGCCCGAGAUGCUGCUUGAGUACAAGAAGCGUAGAUGGGAAAAGAAAAUGAAAGAGGAAGAAGCAAAAGAUUAGUGCAGUUUCGUAGAGGCUUUCCCUUGACAUAGAAGCAUCUUGAUGCCUGUAUUAUACUCAUCCUUGACAUUUUAGAGACCUAUUCGGGAGAAAUUUUUUUCCAUUUUGUAUUUUUUUCUUGCUGAAACGUAAGUUGGUACUGCAAAAAGGGAAGGAUUAUUCAGGUUGGCUGGAUUUUUAAUGGUCGGACGUAUGUAAAAACUGCUCUUCUGGGGCAAAAGAGCUACUUUUUUUGGUAGCGUAGUCUGUCGAUGGAGAAUCUGUAUUUUACUUAGUUAGACACUCCUCUCAUCAUGCUGAUCGACGUAUGAAAGAAUGCUUUUACAUUGCA